AUCCGUUCGAGCUUGGCGUUUUACCACGAUUUGCAACAUUUUUCUCGCAGGGUCUGACUUCUGCCAAAGCUAUCAAAGCUAGCGGCUCGGCAACGGUCAUACUAGAGCCAGCUAUCACCAUCGCCAACCGCCGUCAGCAGCAGCUCCUGUCAAGUUUCAACGCUUCACUCACUCAGUAUGGAUCGCCUCAAAUCUAUGUCGAACGCCGUCAAGGAGCGGAUACCAGGGCAAGAGCCGAAGUCGUCGUAUGCGGGGUACGGCGACUCACGGAAAUCGACUCCUCCCGGCCGCCUCCGCAGCUCCACGUCCGAGGGAGGGUUGGGCGAGCGGUUUACGGGCUUGGUGAAGCGCGUUACGGGCAAAGAUGAAGAGGAAGAACGAGUUGCGCGUCCAGUGGCCGCUCUGAAGGAUCCAAAUUCCUUCGCGCCUCCGCCGAAGCACCGUGCUGCCUACGGAGACGAUGUGGCCUCCGCCUCGAUCCGUAUGGGCUCCCAGCCCCCGCCUGUGCCUACGAGAAGGGCUACGAUUGAAGAUGGUGCGAGACCCCCGCUACCGCCGCGUCUGCCGCCGAGAAGGUCGCCGGCUACGGAUACUACUGCUGCGUUUCCCGAGGAAAGACAGGUUUCGGGAGAGGAUUUGGCCCACAGAGGUGGAUUGAGCUCCGGCUCCGUCGGUGCGCUUAGGCGGUUGGGGAAUUCAGGGAUCACGAUUCCCGGGUUCGAAACGACCAGCUCUACGAAGAACCAAUCCUCCACGAAGACGUCCAUACUGCCACCGCCACCACCAUCACCUGGAAGUCGUCCUUCCAUCAGCUCCUUAGGAGACCGCUUCUCAAAGUCCAAUCCCGAGGCUCCAGCUACGGGUACCACCUUCAAAGAGAAGCAGGCAGCGAUCAAAACGGCGAACUCAUUCUACAAAGACCCCACGAAGGUUUCAUUCACAGACAUGAAAGCUGCAGCUGGUACCGCUAGGAACUUUCAGCAGCGUCAUGGAGAGCAGGUCGCCGAGGGCGUAAGGGUCGGGAACAAGCUGGGACUGAUCCCAGGCAAUGCCGAGACACCACCAGAAGCCUCUCAUCAUGAACCCCCACCGACGCCAACGCGGGCACAUAUCGAACCCCCGCCGACGCCAACGCGGGCACAUAUGCAACCCCCACCUCUUCCCGCGAAGAAAAAGCCACCGCCACCCCCGCCGAAGAAGAAACCGAUAUUAGCCACACCGAGCCCCCCACCUCCGCCGAUCCCUGCAGCCUCCCGCCCGCAUCAGUCAUCAUCUUUAGCAAAAUGCUCCUCGUUGCCCAAUUGCGGUCAUCCAACCGACACCGUUUCGGAGCUCCCAUGCGAUUUAGAUCUUUCCCUCGAGCAGGAAUGGUUCACCACAUCUUUGAUGCGCUUCCCGCCGAGCAUUCACAACAAUCCGUACAAGGCGUAUCGCACAUCCAACUCCUGGACACGCUCAGCCGCUGGACGCGCCAAGCACACGCUGCUACUCUCACUCCUGUGGACGCAAAACCUCUCCUAUACGCUGAUCAGACUAACCUGGGAUGCAUCUGCGCCGGCCGCCACCGUCAAAGCGGAGCAGCGUCACUUCCCGCCUCCGCCUCCUCUUUCCGCACAGGAGCUGCACACACAGGAAGGCCGGGGGCACGAAAUCGUCGAGUGGUGCGAACAGAGAAUAGGCACUCAGGUGGGCAAUGGCGAGUGCUGGACUCUGGCGCACGACGCACUCGAAGCCACUGCGGGCCUCAUGUCGAGCCAGCAAACAACGCACGGAGCCUGCAUCUUCUCCCACUAUCCCCCCUCACCUCCACAAAAAACCGAGGGUGUCGACAUCCGACGUGGCGAUAUCCUGCAGUUCCUGAGCGCAAAGUGGGUUUACCCUGACGGGGGAUGGACUACGGCGGGUGCUCCCGACCACACGGCCGUCGUUACCGAUGCCUGGAAGGAGGGAGAGACGUGGGUGUGUGAGGUGCUCGAGCAGAACGUCGGCGGGGUCAAGAUUGUGCAGACUGGAAAGUAUCGUCUGGGUUCAGGCAGCGGCAUGUGUCAGGGGGGCGUCAGAGUUUUCCGUGCUGUCGAGGACGAGAGAGGCUGGCAUAGGGGAUGCUCGGGUGGUUCCAGCGAACCUCUGGUCUGGGAGGAAUAGAAACCGGAGCAAUGGAUAGAUAUGGAGUAUGAGUUGGCGAGAUGAGCAAUUGUUCAUCCGUCACUAUGUUAUGUAGCUAUGAGGUUCGCUCGCGAUGAGCGGAGCGAGUGAUAUCGGAAAAGCUUCGAGAACGGCUUUGUCUCCGCAAAACGUGGGGUGGUAUGUGGUCAGCAAGCAUGAUUUGCGGUAUAUAAUUCCUUUACUCUGUCGUCCUUCCUUUUUGUCUGUAUGUUUGUUUACGAGAAAAGCAUUAAACACGGCGGAAGCCUGAAGGCCAUCAUCAUCUAUAAAUAGAAUCUGAAUUUUCAAGAGCUGUAGUAGAAGUUACG